CUUUGCAGAAAAAGACCAUUGAAUUCUUUGAUCAAGCUUUUAUUCUCCACGAUUUUGACGUUAUCACAUGGCUCAGCUCAGAAAAUUGGUGUUUCCCAAGUUGAGAUCUUCAUCGCUGACCUCCAGUGAGUCCCAGAAGGAACGUAUACAUAGCAUGUCUAGCAAGUCAAGCAGCGUCAAUCAGGAGUACACACAAGCUUUGAGAACCAAGUCCUACGAGGAUAUGUGUACUAAAGUCCAAUCCCAGAUUAGAAGAACAAGCAUCCGCAGAACGCUCUCCUCACCUUCUCCUUCUACCAACGCCCAUUACAUGGUGCACCUCUCAGAAUCGCUCCUCGAGCCCGGGCAGGAAACCCUCACAAAAAUGAUCAAGGCCUUGAAUUUCCACCGUCUUCUUGUUGGCUACUUCGAGGCGAGCUCGGAAGCAUGCGACAUGUGCGAGUUGCUCCUCCGAGGGAUCUAUCAGACCCGCACUAAUUACCAAAGGAUCAGAAGGGCAAUCAAGUUGUCAAGAUUGGUGUUUGAAGACCCAAGUCAUGCAGAAGAGCAGAGCCGUCUGAUAUGCCAAGAGCUGUCCGCGUUCGCCUCGCUAACAAACCCCUUAUCGGCAAUCGCCCAGGUCCAGUUGCCACGCAUGCAUGAUAAUCACGUGGCAUUGUUUCGCCAGUUGAUGUCCAAGUGCAGGCAGAUGCGGAGGAGAAUGAAGCUGGCUAGGGCUUGCAAGGGGGUCAGAGGGCUCGGCCUGAUUGUUUCCUCCGGCCUGAUCUCGACCACUUCGCUGGUGCUGACGAGCUUCAGAAUUGGCAUGUGCAAUAGGAAGGUGAAGUCCAUUAGGUCGUCUUCAUGUCCAGAGAAAAGCUUAUCAACUGAAGGAGUCAGCGCACAGCUCGAUGUCGCAGCGAAAGGGGUGUUCAUACUGAUCAACGACAUGGACACUAUCAGCAGGUGGGUCGGAAGAUUGUACGACGAGGUUGAGCAUGGAAGAUCGAGGGCCGGGAUGGCGGUGAGGAAUUACAUGAAGAAGGGCGAGAUCGUGAGGAAGGUGGCGAAGGAGUUUGAUGUGCACAAUGCCUGCUUUUUGGGGCAGCUGGAGGAGCUUGAAGAGCAUAUAUACUUGUGCCUUCUCACCAUGAACAGGUCAAGAAGGUUGGUUGUGGAAGAGAUCUUGAUCUCUCAGUCCAUGGGCUGAAUCAAAGCGGUCAAUAAUCAAUUUAUAUGACGAGUAAUAAUUGCUUGUCAAAUUAGACCUUUUUGUGGCAGCUGCCUUCUAACAAUAAUAUUGGCACCCAAAUAAGCUUCAAUUUUCUCCUCCUUACUUAACUAUUGUUGAGAUGUUUCAUGACAAAA